AUGAGGCUUCCCUCACUGUUUGGGCCUGCGACGGCUGGCUCGUCAGCAUUUCUGCAGUUGUGGCUUUUGAGCCAAUUGUCAGGUGCUUCUGCGUUAUCGUUUCAACCAGUUUCUCGCCCUGAGCUAGAUCUCUCGCGCCUCGGGCACGUCGCUCUUACCGGGGAAUUCGACGCCGUAACAUUUUACUCAUACGCCGAACAAAAGAACGCGAAAGCCGGAGACGAUGAUUCCCAGUCUAUCCUCGCCCCCCUUCCAAACGGGAUCCUCACCACGCUGUCAACCUCCGACGCUGAUAUCCGUGCAAUGUGCGCCUUCUCCAAGCAGGAUGGAUCGCACUCUGGAAUAUAUGUCGGGGGGAAUUUCACUAGUCUCGGAGGCGAAAAGGCCAAUGGCGUCGCGUUGUAUGAUCCGAUUUCGAACAAGGUAACAACUUUGCCAGGUCUUUCGGGCUCGGUAUCGGCAUUGCUAUGCGAUCAGGAAACCAAUACCGUCUACGUUGGUGGUUCCUUCAAACAAGGAAAUACAUCAAAUGCGGCUGCUUGGGUUGUCGGUGAAGGCUGGAAAGAUCUAUCGUUUGGUGGGCUCAACGGACCUGUCAGCUCGAUCGUCAAGAAUGACGAUGCGCAUAUCGUGUUUGGUGGGUCGUUUGACGGUAUCGGCAACUCAACGUCUUCAUCAAAGAAAAUUGAACAGGUCAUCAACCUUUCGAAUGCAACAAUCACUUCGGAUACCACUUCUACAAGGAGCGGUUUUACUGACCCCCGGAAUAUCAUUUGCCAAACCAGCGGUGCCGGUGGUGCGGGACAGACAUGGUUAUUGGCAGAUUAUGCCCUAGGAUAUUGGCGGGCGGAUAUGCGUUACAACUUCAGUCCAACUAAGCUUCGCGUCUAUAAUACGCAUUACGAAGGGAGGGGCACAAAAUCCUUCUUGUUCAGACGAUUGCCAGAUAACGGAAUCAUGAACCUGACUUAUACGGAUCCCUCCACUGGUGACGAUGUCAACUGCGAUCAGUAUUGCUCGCUCUCGGACGACCCAGACGAGGAGUACCGUGACUUCCGAUUUGUCAAUCAGGUUGGUAUGACGGGGUUCAUGUUCGAGAUUCGGGAUUAUUAUGGCACUGGCGCCGGGUUGAAUGGUAUCGAAGUGUUUACAAAUGAUGUCUUCACUUAUGCCAUCAAUGACUUUAACGAGCCGACAUGUGGUAACAGCAGUGACAUUUCCACUUCCACUCGGACGGGAUCGUGGACUCUGACGGAUGGUAACGACAGUCCUUCCGACUACCUGACGGCACAUGUAUCCGACUCUGACGCGGCAAGCACAUCUGUCGUUUUUGAGCCCAAUAUUCAACGCUCCGGAAACUAUUCCAUCCUUGUUUACACCCCCGGAUGUGUUCAGGACGGAACCUGUGGUUCUCGAGGAAUCGUUAAUGUGACGGCUACUGUCAGGGCUGACUCUGAAGAGCUCAUCGAGAAGCAAAUCUAUCAGACCAACAACUACGAAAAAUAUGACACCAUCUACACCGGCCCUGUAGACGUCAGCGACGAUUCUUUCCGUCCUCGUGUGACAUUGAGCCCAGUUGCUGGCCAGGGAGACCUCACUGUUGUGGCCUCUCGAGUCAGGUUUGAGCUUAUUUCAGCUUCAAACGACACGAGCGGUGAAUUGAAUGGCCUAUUCGAGUAUGACCCGACUUCGAAGAAUGCCACAGCCAAUCUGCUGGGAUCAACCAUCAACAGCUCCGGGACGCAGCUGGAUUCUGAUGCUUCAGUUUUGAGCUUAGUGACGCAUAGGGGCGUUAUCUACGCUGGAGGUAACUUCUCAAGUUCUGAUAUCAACAACCUAUUCUCGCUGGAACAAGACGCCAAUGCCACGGCUCUGCCCCAGGGAGGCUUGAACUCCGAGGUAACUACAAUGUCGGUUCUCAACGACAAGCUUUAUGUUGGCGGAAACUUUACUGGGACUUCUGAGGGUGCAACUGACAGUCUCAGCUAUGUUGCUUCCUACUCAAUUGACUCUAAAUCCUGGUCAGCUCUCGGGGGUGGGGUUAAUGGCCAUGUCAAGCGAGUCUUUGCGCUUCCUUUGAAUGUUUCCACCGUCAUUAAUGAGACUAUCGUCGCUGUUAGUGGUGACUUUGAUGAAUUGCUGCCUUUUGAUGAAUAUCCUGCUGUAGCCGUGUCUGGCUUUGCUGUUUGGGUUCCGUCACGCAACAACUGGCUCCAAAACCUCAAUGUCAGCCAAACACAAUUUGCAGGCCAUUUAUCAUCCUUCGCGAGCUUCAACGGCACAACUAUUCUUGGUGGAAGUCUCUCAUCUGGAGGUUUGGCUGCUGGUGGAGCGGUGGCGCUACUUCAAGAAGAUGGGCUUCAGCUUGGACCCCUCCUGAACAGCACCCAAUUAACUGGUGAAAUAAUUACUGGCAUAUACGACACAGACUCCAGCCGCAACUUGACUAUACUUGGAGGUCACUUCAACCUCUCAACUGGCGGCCAGGAAGUACGAAAUCUGGCCUUCAUAGACGGAGGUACAGGCUCCAUCAGUGGCCUCGGUACUGAGGUUGAGAAUAACUCCACGUUCAUGGCCUUUGCCAUCACAAGCAACGUUUUGUACGCUGGCGGUAGGGUUACCGGCACAGUAGGUAAGAACGAGAUCGAUGGGCUGGUACUUUACGAUCUCCAGAAUGGAACGAUCGCACAAGAGCAGCCGUCCAAAUUCAAUGGUGAUAAUGUGUCCGUUAAUGCGAUUGCACCUCGUCCCAAUUCGAAAGAAAUCUAUGUCGGAGGAUAUUUUCAAGCCGCAGGGGCUCUUACCUGUCCAGGUGUUUGUUACUAUGACACCGAAAGCCAGCAAUGGAAUCGACCGGGUGUUGGCCUGGAAGGGAGUGUCCUGGCGCUUAAAUGGGGCAACGCCAACACAUUGAUCGCCGUUGGCAAUCUGACCGUUGCAGGCAAUGAGACCGCAGUCGCAAGCUAUUCCGCCAAAGAACAAAUAUGGGAAGUCUUCGAUGGAGCUUCAAGUUCGUCUAUCCCAGGCACUGUGACGGCGUUUAGCCCAGCCAAUGGAGAUGCAUCACGAUUUUGGCUUGCAGGUCAGUCGAGCAAUGGAUCAAAUUUCAUCGUCAAUUAUGACGGCUCCUCGUUCCAAUUGGCCCAAGAGAUCUUUGACGAUGGGACGAUCAUUCGUGGACUCGACGUUAUCCCUCUAGCCAGUGACCAUGACGACAGUGAUCUUUUGAACAAUGACCUGGCUCUUAUGAUUACUGGUCAAAUCGCUGUCCCAGAGUUUGGCACUGCCUCAGCUGCGUUGUUUAAUGGCACCACCUUGAUUCCCUUUGUCAUCUCCUCUAAAUCUGAUGGUCAACCUGGCCGUAUGUCGCGCAUGUUCUAUGAGAACAAUAACCCCUACGCUCGAGGAAGUGGGCAUCACUCCAACGGAAUUGUUGUUUUGGUAGCUUUCUGUUGUGCGCUUGGCUGCGUGUUCCUAAUUGUCAUUGCCGGUGUCAUCUUCAAUAAGAUCCAGCGCCGCCGACAAGGUUAUAUGGCAGCCCCUCAAUCAACCGGAACGGACCGACCGACGUCCAUGCGCCGGCUCCCUCCGGAGUAUCUUUUCAACUCCUUGAAGCAGCCGAAUCCAGGGGCGCCCUCUAUAUGAAUCGGGACAUGACAUCUAGACGACAUCUUUCUUACAUAGCAGAGAUCGUUGGCAUUGCUUGAACAUUUUAAUUCUUCCUAGUAUCCCAGAAGGAUACCAGAACGGCGUUCUCGGGACAAACCGUCUUAUACCCUUAAUCUAAUUCUGCGCCUAUUACGCACUUGUGUGGUUCGUUUUUAUUUGUUGGACGUGUGGAGGACCGCCUUUGUAUUGGGCAUUAGUCUCUGACGUUUUGUACUAUACCUACUCUGGUUUCGAGCGGAGAGCGAUGUUACUAGCUACUGGAAAUGUACAUACAUAGCAUGCGCUAUAUCGUCGCGAAGCUAGUUUUCUGC